CCUGGAAAUUCUUCCGGAGCGUGAUUUUUUUUGUACGUGUACGCAAUUGCAGCUUGGAUCGAGAGGUUGUGACACACAAGAUUCACGCCUUUCAUAACAAGGGGUGCAGCUGUGCUUCGUGGAGGACGUCCUCGUCGGUUCUGAUCAGCGACGGUGUUGGUUCAGCUACAGUUCCUCGGUGACUGUGGUCUAACGGUGCUGGUCAUUCUACAUUGUUGUGGUCUUGUUUUUUGGUUGUCGUCGUUUACAUUGAGGUGCUGUGGUGCAGCAUCGUCCUGGUGGUUGCCGUAUGUGUGGCAUAGAGCCAUUUAGAUCGUGGAGUGGGCGCUGGCCGUUUCUUGGCGUGUUUUUGCUGGAGGUCCACUGUGGCGGAGUGCGGCGUGAGGGGAUCUUCUCAUGUUCGGUUGCAGCAGUGGUGCUACGGUGUGUUGUACAUUGGGCUUGGGUGCAAGUUGCCGAGGAUGAUUGUGUUUGUUUUGUUCUAGGCAGUUUGACGCUUGAGCGGUGGCUAGUAUCGAUAGCGACAUCGACGAGGAAUCUUUCAUGUGGAAGCCACUAACAUCAUCAACGACCUCUUGUUUUUCCUUGGUUUUCCUUUAGCAUUACAAACGCUCCGGCUGUGAGGGGCAUUUUUUCCAUUUUGGUGUGCACGGGUUGGCGCUGCGGUGCAGCAACAAGUUGCGUAAAUAUCUCCUCGCUGUUGUGCAGCAAACUAUUGUGUCUUCCUUGUCAGAUUUCGGAAGGUCCGCAUUUUUGAGGGCUGACUUGGAGGUGUUGCUUUCGUGGGCAGCGUCGACAUGUGCGUGGACCAGAAUUCUUUAGUGGUGUUCUUCUUUUCUCUCGUAUGUGGUAGCGGUGCUACCAUGGACCAGUCAAAAACCAGUCAAAAAUCUGGUAGCGGUGCUACCAAGGACCAAGGAAAAAUUUAUGGCAUUAAAUUGUUGAGUGAAUUAUUAUUGUAUGGAUAAGCUUACUGCACAUUCAUGCCGGUUUAGGGUUGCUGUUCAGCUGCAGCAGCGAGCACUUGUGUUCUGAAAGUAGCGGGGAGAGAUCAUUAUCUGGGGGUUUAGGAGGGGUCGUGUUCCUGGGAUCGGGCUCUCAUCGUCGGUUGCCUGUUGAAUCGGGUCGUGGAGGAGAAUGGGGGACGCUGAUAAAGAUUUGGACGAGCAGAUACGAGAAGUGGAAAAGCAGAUACGAAGCGUGGGAGAGGAGAUACGAAUAGUGAAACAGGAGAUUGAAAGAGUGCAAGAGCGUAUCGAAACGUGCUCUAACCUUCAAGAGAAAGCGCAACUUCGGGACGAGAAAGCUCAACUUCGGGACAAUGAAGCGCAACUUCGGCGCGAGAAAGGGCAACUUCGGGACAAGGAAGCGCAACUCCGGGAGCAAAUCCAACAAGGACGAGAUAAAUGCACAGAGUUUGAAUGGCUACGUCAGGACAUGCCGUCGUGGGACUCAGGGAGUUGUUCCAAGACACCAAGCACCACGCAGAAGGAGCGGAUGUACACGCCGGUAAGAGUAGAGUAUUGGAAUGUGGUGAAAGACAUUGAAGAAUAUCUUAACAAGGCAGAUAAGUUGAAGCGUAUAUAUCAGAAAGUGGAUAACCUUACAGUCACUAGAGGAAAGCGAAAUUUGGAAGACGUCGCCGGUUCUGUUGUGGCCAGCACCUGCGAUUUUGUUAGUAAGAAGCUACCAGGUUCCUUGGUAAUAUACGUCCGGGAAGCCAGCCUUGAAGUGCCACCUGAACCCGUAGCAGAGGGAGGAAACUCGAAGAACCCAGACGGAUCGAAGGCUGAGGACAGAGAGGUUCAAAAAUGUCUCUUUUAUUCCAAACCUCCUCGUGUGGAUAUGUUAGUUCAAUCCAACGGCAAGGACGUUGCUGUUUUUGAGCUCAAGAAUGGAGGUCUCGGAUGUCCCGUGCCUAUCUACAAACUGUGGGCAAGAUGCUCAUGCCGGACAGGGAUCGACCUCAACUGCUGGUGCAAUUCUGACAUCUCGGAAGGACAUGCCAGGAGUAUUCUUAAUUGCAUCCUUCAGGUGUAUGAACACUUGGUUUUGGCUGAAGUUGGGUAUGGCGUUCUCACCGAUAUCCAGAACUGGUAUCUCUUCAAAAGAGAUCACACCUGCUGCCUCUACAUCUCAGUGGGUUUCAAGUGGGAUGAUCGGCAACCGCCUUUACCUGCUGCAAUUGCUUAUUUGGUCAAUUCUGCUGUUGACACCCGUGGUGAGUUUGAUGUUUCACCCAGGAAAGGUGAGCGUCCCUGGAGCUGGGAGGCUACCCCUUGCACCAGUCCCAGUGGCGGCUCUGACGAUGAUGAAGAUGAGGACAAUACCUACAAACCGAAUGAGCACAAAAUCGGUGAUUGCGAAACGUCUCCAGCUAGGACUCGAGGGGCAUGCUCAAAUAUGAGGCAAAAGCAAUUGCAGGAGAUUCCUGCAUCAGACCUACAUCUGGACGACCGCCCCAUCACCAGUGUGGGAUGGAGCGGCUGCGUGGUUGGCGGCAUUUUGAAUGGUCGCCGCGUUGCAGUGAAGUUCGCUCCCCGCAAAUCCGAACGUGCAGAGGCUCUCCUGAAUGAGGUGGACGCCUACCUAAAGCUAAAGGAGCAUUGGAUGGUUUUUGUGCCCCCAUUAGUAGGAUAUGGAACCACAGCCGAUGGCCGGAUUGUUUUCAUAGCAACAGAGUUGAUCGACGGCAGUCCACUCGGACCUGGAACAGUGACCGAGGAAGUGGCCACUGCGGCACUUCAGGCGCUUGGUGCAGUCCAUGCGUGUGGACUGCUUCAUGGGGAUGUCGAGGCACGGAAUAUUAUGGUUGUGCGGGGUGGACAGCCUUCUGUCCGCCUUGUUGAUUUCGGCUUUGCGCAGUGCAGUGGCAGUAGGGACUCGCAGAAGGCAGAGCUCAGGAAGUUGCAGCGCCUCUUGCAAGACAUGAUGGGAGUUGGGGUGGGGAAAGAGUCUGGUGGAAGAUGUCCUCACAAGCAGCUUUGUUUAGUAUAGUGUAACCACCUUUUCAAGCGACUCCGGUGAGGGAGACUCCGGAAUGCCAACCUGUUCGGCGUGUAGAGGGCAAAUGGUGGUGUUUACCGUGCCCACAUUUUAUCUAACAGAUUGUGAUGGGCAGAAUGAGAAGAGUAGAACAUACAUUUGUUCAUUAGACCAUGGGAAGACUCCCUCUAUGUCUACAACACGUUGCAUUCACUCCCACACGACGAGACAGGUAUUGGAACUUUUGAUGACAUGUGCGCUGCAUGAAGGCAGCUGUCGUAAUGUACGGCGAAAACUUGCCACUCAAGGCAAGUGCUGCUACGCGAUAAUUUGCCAAAUAUAAGCUACUGCACAAAGUUGGUGCGUCUAGGAUUCAAAUAAGGAUUUCUUUCAUUUUUUUAAACUUGAUGCAGUUUUGCAGAACUCAAAAGUUUUCGUGGGUCUGAAUCCAGAGCUUGAUAUUGUGUGGCUAUUGAUUUACAGUG